AUGGAAAUACUACCCCACUUGCUUCAAAUAUGUAUUACCAGCAGAAGCAUGGCACAAUUCCAUCAAACAUGCAAACCAGUGCCUCACUGGUGAUAGCUAAGAAACCAACAGCUUCCGAAACAGAACUUGAGAAAUAUGCAGUUGAAAAUCUUAACAAACACAAGAAAGGCAUCUUUAGAAAGCCUGUUUCAUUAGCACACAUGCUGUCAUGGACAAAAGAACCUAUCAAGAAACCAAUGUUGAUGACCAGGGAUAAGGAAGUGAAACGUGAGGGAUUGGAGUCAUUUAAAUAUAUCCUUUGGAAAAAAUGUUAUUACAUAAUUACGCAUUUGUAAUAGUGUUCAGUGGGAUGUUUACAAUUCUCCAGGCCUAGAAA